AUGUGGCGCCUCUUCAACUACUGGUCGUCGACCAGUGACCAGCAAAACACCAAAACCCCACCACCACCAUCCCGCGGCCUGCCCGCAUCCUGGUACCGCUCCGACAGCCUGCACCAACUCGAGCGCCGCGCCAUCUUCUCGCGCAAAUGGAUCCUCCUCACGCACUCGAUCCGCCUCAAGCAGGCCGGUGACUUCGUCUCUUUCACCUACGCCGGCUUCGCGUUCUUCGUCGUGCGCGACCGCGACGGCAACGUCAACGGCUUCCACAACGUGUGCCGCCACCGCGCGUACCCGAUCGUGCAGAGCGGCGCGGCGGGCACGGCGCGCGUGCUGAGCUGCAAGUACCACGGCUGGUCGUACGGGCUGCGCGGGAACUUGGCGAAGGCGCCGCGGUUCGAUACGGUGCCCGGGUUUGACAAGAGUCAGCAUGGAUUGCUGCCGAUUCAUGUCCAUGUUGAUAAGGUCGGGUUCGUGUGGGUGAAUCUGCAGGCGGGCGAGCCGGAUGUGAAGUGGGAUGAGGAGUUCAGGGGUGCGGAUGAGAAGCCGAUUUUGAAGGAGUUUGAUUUUGAGGACGAGUUCAAGUUCGAUCACGUGUGGGAUAUGGAGCUCGAUGCGAAUUGGAAAGGGUUGGUUGAGAAUUACAACGAGUGCUACCACUGUCCGACGUCGCAUCCGCUCAUUGCGGGGGUGUCGGAUGUGAGCAAGUACCGCGUCGAGCCGGCGAGGGGGUGUCUGGAGCACACGAUUAUCAACAAGAAUAUGGAGGAUAAUCGGUUUCGGAGGUCGAUCACUUUCUUCCCUCCUUGCACGUCGGUGACUGUUACGGAGCACUUCUUUUACAUACAGCGGAUGAUACCAGUUACAGCCACAACAAGUAGGAUCGAAAAUGAAGUGUACCGCCAUAAGAAUGCAACCGACAAGGAAUUCAACGACUUGUGUGAAUUCUACAAACAAGUUUUGGAAGAAGACAAAGAACUCUGCAUUGGUGCGCAACGGAACUUGAACUCGGGAGUUUACACAAAUGGAGAAUUUCAUCCGGACAAGGAAAAGGGUCCACUCCAUUUUCAAGAUUCUGUAAGAAGGGAGCUGAUGGAACAUCGGAGAAAAGAGGAACAGCAGGGUGGUGUAGAGAUCUGGCCUGCAACACCCAAGGUUGUCGGCCAGAUGAAGACGUGUAAGCUAGAGGAAGAAGAGGCAUUUUGCUCAAAGUUGGAGGCGGAAAGUUGCGUAGCACGGUCGGAGUUGGCCUGGUAG